CAUUCCACAUUUUGGUAGCAACUGGCUGCCUAAGCAGUCGGGCAAAAAUUCACUGAGACGCCAUUUUAGUUAGUUUGUUUUUGCCCUCUGGAAUGGAGGAGACGAAGAUUAUUUACCACAUUGACGACGAGGAUACUCCUUACCUAAUUAAGCUCCCUAUUGCUGCCGAUCGAGUAACGCUCGGGGAUUUUAAAAAUGCCCUCAACAGACCCAAUUUCAAAUUUUUCUUUAAGUCUAUGGACGACGACUUCGGAGUUGUCAAAGAAGAAAUAGUGGAUGAUGAAUCACACUUACCGUGUUUUAAUGGCAGAGUUGUAUCUUGGUUGGUCCCCGCAGAGAGUAGUGAUAACCAGUCCCAGUGUACAGAUUCUCAAGCAGGAGAUAUACCCCCUGAACGAUUAGGGGGCAUCGGGGACAGCCGACCACCUUCAUUUCAGAAGAAGUCAUUGGAAGGAGGUCAUGAUCUCAGGCAUAAAUGCAGUGCUAACCCUCCACACCAUGGCAGAGAAAAUGAACCAUGCGAUACGUGUACAGAAACAGAAUCCAUUUUAAGUAGUCGAAGAGGUAUUCCUCGUAUCAACGGUCACACCAAACAUGACCGCCACAGAGAUCCUCGACAGAUCUAUGAAUCUACGUCCAUGCUCAGUAGUGAUCUGGAAUCUACUAGUUUCUUUGAUUCAGAAGAUGACAGCAGGUUUUCUACGGUCACUGACACAACUGCUAGGUCUUCAAAGUAUGGCCGUCACAAAAGAAGACGGAAAAGACACAGACUCCCACCUCUCAGCAAGACGUCUUCGUUUAGCAGUAUCACAGACUCUACUAUGUCACUCAACAUUAUUACAGUCACGUUGAACAUGGACACAGUGAAUUUUCUAGGAAUCAGUAUUGUUGGUCAGAGUAACAAAGGUGGUGAUGGUGGCAUCUAUGUUGGCUCUAUAAUGAAAGGUGGUGCCGUGGCUCAGGACGGCCGUAUUGAACCAGGAGACAUGAUUUUGGAAGUGAAUGGUAUUAGCUUUGAAAACAUGAGUAAUGAUGAUGCUGUCCGAACUCUUCGCGAAGCGGUCCAAAAGCCUGGGCCUAUUACCCUAGUUGUUGCCAAAUGUUGGGACCCAAAUCCAAAAGGAUAUUUCACAGUACCUCGUCAAGAACCUGUUCGUCCAAUUGAUCCCUCUGCUUGGGUGGCACACACUACAGCCAUGCGAGCCGAAUACAUGGGUCGUGGUGCUCCAGUCAGCUCCUCGCUCAGUACUAUGACGUCUACCAGUUCAUCAUUAACUAGCUCAAUACCAGAAUCAGAAAGGUUUGAUGAUUUAAAUUUGACUGUAAAUACAGAUAUGGAAUCCGUUGUGAAAGCAAUGGCCCAGGCUGAUUCUGGUCUUGAAAUCAGGGACAGAAUGUGGUUAAAGAUAACUAUACCAAAUGCAUUUAUAGGUGCUGAUUUAGUUGAUUGGCUGUUUACUCAUGUACAAGGUUUCUCUGACCGCCGAGAUGCACGGAAAUAUGCUUGUAAUUUACUCAAAGUUGGUUACAUUCGACACACUGUCAAUAAAAUCACAUUUUCUGAGCAAUGUUAUUAUGUAUUUGGCAAUCUCUGUGGAAGUGUCCAGGCUCUUCCAGAUUUCUCAUCACUCAGUCUGGAGGACGUGGACUCGGUGUCAGAGGCUGACCGUGACACCUUGGCACCGUUGCCACCACCCACCUGGAACAACCAGUAUCCCUACAGCAGUUCCAGCUACCUGCCGCAAAACCUUAGCUAUGUGCCACCUUACUGCUACACCAACACCGACACCACCAGUUACGUAGGCAGCUUCGUUGAUGGAUGUGGCGGACCUCCCAGUGCCACUGGUGGUGUGGGGAGCGGCGGUGUCGGAGGAGGCGGGGGUGGUGGAGGUGGUGGAAAUGGAAGUGCAGGCAGUGUACAUAGUGGCUCAGCGAAAGACUGCACUUGUCUAAUUAGUACUUACAAUCAUUUGCGCAAACUUUGGGAAAAUAAGAAUAAACAAAUCUCUCAUCAACAUCAUGCGAAUUGUCGAGGAAAUGUGCGACAGACAAGCACCCAGCAUGUUGACCGGGAGCAAGUCUGCAGAGCAAGCUCGAUGUAUAGCUCGGGGAGUAGUGCAUCUGGCAGCAGUGAGAAGAAGAAAGACAAGGAGAAGUCCGAACGGAAAUCUGCAAGCCCUGCUGGAAGUGGUAGCAGUGAUACAGACACUGGUAGUUUGGCCAGUGCCAGGCGGGGAGCUCCUAGUGAACGCAGUCUCCCGCCUAUGCCACGCGAGCUUGGACAGAUGCCCCCAGACCUGUCUGGCAGUCGACAGUCUUUCAGAAUGGCCAUGGGAAAUCCAUGUUCACCUUGGGGUUGGCUCUGAUAUUCAUUGCAGCAUCAAAGUGUAGAAGAAAAAAUUAGUAGGGCUUCUAGUUGUUUUCUGUCCUGCGCUAUCCUGACAUCAGUGUGUUAAACCUGAAUCUACUACAAAAAAACUCUGCACGUAUUCAACUUGACCACAACAAGCUUUUUUUUUUUAAUGUUUUUUUUUAAAAAACUUUUC